AUCUGGAUAUAUGAAUAGCUAGAUGGAUGGACAAACAGACAGACAACUUCUCUUAAUCCCAACUCAAUCUUUGUUUGGCUGUAAAAUGGGGUUGACAUUGACUUUAACAGCUUGCAAUCAAGGAGGAUGGAUUUCAGGAUCACCAUUACAUUGUCAUUAUGUUUAGUAGGACUGCUUUAUGGAAGAAAACCAAGGGGUGGUUUUUGUGGGGGUACUUCUCUAUUGAAAUAUAAAAAUGUUAAUUGUGGAAAACGUGUUAAAUGUCCAAAUACAUUCAAAUGUAUCAAAGGAGAAUGCUGCCAAUAUAAGGAUGUUCCGCAAUGUACCCCGGAAAUUAAUUCUGCUACAAAAGCACCAUGGCCAUGUAAAGGAGGGGGAAGUAAAGCCUGUAGUCCUGGCUAUAAAUGCUUCCAAGUCAGCACCAAUGUAUUUUCUGUUUGCUGUCUUGAUUUUACUUGUGUCGAUAAAAGUGGAUAUUCACAUAACUGGUAUGACGAACCAUGGACAAGUAAUGAAGACAGAUGUAACAAAUGCAGUUGCCUCAAAGAUGGGAGAGUGAAAUGCACCAAUAAAGACAGUUGCAAAAAGUGCACAACACCUUAUGGGAUAAAGAAAGUCCCAUAUCAAUAUUGGGAAGACCGUUGUAAGCAUUGCUCAUGUAUAUCAAACAUGUAUACUUCAUGUACAACUGCAUGUGAACGUGGCUUGAAAGAUAAACCUUCUGGCUACACACCAUGUGAUACAAACAGUUGUGGCAAACAGGUAGCAGUACAACAAUGCCAUAGUGCAGUUGGAAUGGACGGAAAGCACUGUUUUGGACAUAGUGUUGACAUAAAGCCCUGUAAUGCACAGGAAUGUACUGGGAGACCUGGCAAACGGUUAACAGAAACAAUGGAUAUCAUAAUAGGAGGUAGAGAGGUGAAACCUGCACACAAUUUUCCAUGGAUGGUGUUGAUUAGUUCAAGAGGGUGUGGGGCAACACUUAUAUCCCCCAGACAUAUCCUCACUGCAGCUCAUUGUGUGGACAAAACGAGAAGAAUAACACUACAGACUGGAAAGCAUGAUAAGACAAGAAGGGAACCGAGUGAACAAACCAGAGAAGUGAAGAGAAACAACCUCAUUAAGCACAAGGAUUACAAUGGUUUGGAUAAUGAUAUUGCAGUCAUCAUUGUUGAUCCACCAAUUGAGCUGAAUAACUAUACACAACCAAUCCUGUUGCCAACAAGCCCUGUGUUCAAUAACAAAACCUUAAAGAGGAUACAAUGCCAUAUAGCGGGCUGGGGCAAAAGACAUUUAAAUGAUUGGCAAGGCUCAAAUGUUCUUCAACAUGUAACAGUUAAAAAAGAAGAAUGUAGACUUUCAAAGAAGGACUUAAAAGACUUAAGUGAUAAUAUGUUCUGCGCAAGUAAAGAAGGAAAAGAUACAUGUUUUGGAGAUUCUGGAGGACCAUUAAUGUGCAGAGAUCGCACAACAGAAACAUGGACUCAGUAUGGGAUUGCAAGUUGGGGUCCAGCAAAAUCAUGUGGAGAGGGGUCUGGGGUAUACACGAAAGUUACCAACUACCUCGACUGGAUCAAUACUAUCAUAUCUA